UUCCAUUUCAACAUAGUUCCAAUUUUGCAAUCAAUGUCCUUUCACGGCAAUCUCAAUUUCAAAAGCAAUUAAAAAAAGGGUUUUCGUUUUCCCCAGGAAAGGCUCCGAACUCCUGACCCGACCCAACAGCGACGUCAUAAAUAUAAUCAUCCUUAAAUAAACCAAACCAAAACAUACAUCUGUAUGUGUGUGUCUGUAACCGCAUUGCCAUUCCCAAAUCGGCGCCAUCUUCUUCUUCCUCCUCUUCCUCCUCUCCCAAUCUUUACGUGAAUGUUCUUAUCCCUCCUGUUCUUCAAUCCAACGCCAAAUAAUCGUCGAGAAUCGGUUUCAAUUGGGUCUUAAUCGUGUUCUCAUCAUCCCCGCAAACCCCAACAUCAAAGGUGGGGUGCACACAAUUCAGAUUCAAUAAUGAUCCACAAUCGGCUGCCGCCGACCCCGACAGCGACGAAGCACAAGGCCGACGACAAGCCGUUUCAAUUCAUCUCCAUCGUCGGGAAAUCCCUCAUCCUCCUGUUCAUCCUGUCCUUCAUCUCAAUCGGCCUCUACACCGCCUUCUACGACCCCAAGAGCGGCGGAAUCACCCCCACCGCCGCCUUGCACCGCCUCCACUCCUCCAUCGCCCGCAACAACGCCGCCGCCGCCGACCACCGCCGUCGGGACCCUAAUAACAACUCCCCGACCAACCUCUCCCACCUUCUCUUCGCCCUCAGCGGCUCCAACGACACGUGGGACGACCGCAGCAAGUCCAAUUCCGUCUGGUGGUCCCCCAACCGAACCCGGGGCUUCGUCUGGCUGGAGGACGACCAGCGACCCGACUCCUCACCCGCCCCGAACUCCGCCCCGACCCGGGUCUCCUCGCCCGAAUGGACCCGGUUCGGGUUCUCCAGCUCCCGACCCGCCGUCCGGAUCGCGCGGACGAUCACCGACAGCUUCGGCCUCAAACUGCCAGGUGUCCGGUGGUUCGUGAUGGGCGACGACGACACCGUCUUCUUCCCGGAGAAUCUGGUCUCCCUGCUGGCCAACUACGACCACAACGAGAUGUGGUACAUCGGCGGGAACUCCGAGAGCGUGGAGCAGGCCUUGAUGCACUCCUACGAGAUGGCGUUCGGCGGCGGCGGGUUCGCCAUCAGCUACCCUCUCGCCGAGCUCCUGGUGGAGAAUCUGGACCGUUGCCUCGAGCGCUUCCACUAUUUCUACGGCUCUGAUCAGAGGAUCUGGGCCUGUAUCACCGAGUUAGGUGUGGGCCUCACCCCUCACCGUGGAUUUCACCAGAUGGACAUCAGAGGGAGUGCAUAUGGGCUACUGGCAGCGCACCCAAUGGCGCCAUUGAUCUCCCUGCACCAUCUCGGCGCAAUGGACCCACUCUUCCCCGGUCAGGACCACUUGGCCUCGGUGAGGACACUCUACCGGGCGUAUAAGGCAGACCCUGCUAGGAUACUGCAGCCAUCCUACGGCUACGACCACCACCUCAACUGGUCGGUCUCCAUCUCGUGGGGCUACACCGUCCAGCUCUACCCGAACCUGGUGGCUGUCCACGACCUGCAGGUACCGCUGCAGACGUUCAAGACGUGGAGGACUUUCAGCGAGGGUCCGUUCACGUUCAACACGAGGCCCACUGGGCCUGACCCGUGCUCCAUCCCAAUCGUGUUCAUGCUCGACAAGGUGCAGAGCAUCGGGACGUGGGGGACAUUGACGGUUUACAAGAGGAUGGAACCGGCGGUGAAAUGUAGGAGACCCAACUUCAUUCGGGCUAUGUCGGUGCACAGAGUGGUCAUCUCGUCCGUUGUAAUGGAGCCAGAUUACUGGUCUAAGGCGCCAAGAAGGCAAUGCAGUGAUCUUGUGAAUGGUGGUGGAAGAAUGAGGGGUGAGACUCUGCAGAUAAGGGUUAGAAGGUGUGGGGAUAGGGAAAUUGUUAGCACUGUAGAGUAGACUAGAGGCGGCAAGCUGAGUUCUUUCGUGGGCAAAUGGUUGUUCGGAAAGAACAGAUGAAGCGACGAAAGGAGAGUAGGGUGAAUAUAUAGUAGAAAAAUUAUUAAUAAGAGGUGCUCAAAUGUGUAGAAUUAUAGCAAACCAAUUGUGCUCCAGAUUCAUGGAAUGUGGAAACAGUAGCAGUAUAACUAUUCACCCAGUUUCCUCCCCUGAAAUUGUUACUGGACAGACAGGUGCUCAAUGACUGAUGGCUGAUAUUGGAAAGGUGGAAAGGCAAGCUUUUUCUUGCAUCUUUAAAACUGUUCUUUUUGCUGCAUCAUUAGUUUACUUCACGCCCACCAAAUAUGGUGUUGUGUUGCUUUACCUAAAGUGAUGGCACUAAGUCGAAAGUAUUCACCAACUAAGUGGAGCAUUUAGCAUUAGAAUUAGAACAAAUAGAUUUAAGACGCAGAUGUGUCGGUGCAAAG